CGCUCUCCCAAUUUCGAGCCGCGAAAACCCAACACCACGAUAUCAUCUGUCUGGCAGAAAUCAAGUGACAUCUGCAAACUCUUCUCGAGGACUUCGUUGCAGCCGUCAGCGGACGCGUGCCUUCCAAAAAUGGCCCACACCUUCAACGCAUCGCGAGUCGCGACUGCGCUCAAUCGAGAACUCUACCACGAGCCACGCAGGGUAAUCCCCUCUUCCAUCUUCUCCCUUUUCUUCCUUCACUGUAUGAUAUGACCGGGCUGGUCUCGGAAUAUCGAUAUCACAACCUUCGUUUCCUUUGUCCUAACUUUUCCUAAAAUGGCUUCACAAAAUCCUCUUCAAGUUCCUGAAAUCCAUACCAUUCCAUCUCCAAACAGGAAAUCCAGUCCACGAGGAGGAAGACAUCCGAGCCCGGAGAGCAGCUGCUUCUCGCUACGUGCUCCUGUACAUCAUCGAUCUUCCCCUCCCGGAGAGUUUCCUGGAUCUCCAGCACCGAUACAUCGAACCGACACCGGCAACUCCAGCAGAUUGACGCCUCCAGCGCCAGAGUUGCAGUCAGGGCAAGAUUCGUCCUACUUCUCUACACCACAGCGUUCCCAGACCCGACAAACUCGAACAACCUCGCCCUCGGAGCGCUUGUCGAAUCCAACAUGCCUCAGCCCGGACGUAUCAUCCAAUGGAUCCUUCCACUCCUCCGAGUUUGGUCACAGUCCAUGCAGUCACAGCAGUGGUACGAGCGAUUUUUUGACCCCACCUCAAGAACUGCCCGAUACCGAUAAUCCUCCGUAUAAAGCGCGCCGGGAGAGCUCGGGGAGUUUGACAAUGGUCAGAAAGCUGCGAAGGGCCAACACGAUGCCGUAUGACAAGGAACAAAAGAGGAGAAAGCGGCACCGGAAACACCACAAGUGCGACCACAAAUGCGGGCAAAAGAAGAUCAAGUUGUACGAACAUCAGAAUCGUUCAUAUUGGUGGCUCCCUUCUAGCUGUCAAGUUGCUCCAACGGCUCCCCGCGGUCAGAAACAACUCUGCGAGGACCACGCGGGACACUAUACGCCGAAGAAGACGCGGUAUGGCAGUAUUGAUACAUAUGGAAAACUCCCUCCUGAAUUUAGGUCGAAACCAGCACCUGCGGUGGUCACAAGACGGUGGAGCUCUGUUGAAAUCGGGGCACACCAAGUCGUCCUAGAAUCAACUUUUCCUCUCAAACCCACUGCUCCUCAAGUAACAUCCGGCUCUCCUGUUAACAAUUUCGUCCCGAAGAUGCUCAGCAAGCCUUACCGAAGCUCUACCUUCACUCGUGGGGCAAUAGAUCACAAUAGUGAUCAUGAUAUGUUUCACACCAUUGGCAAAAAGUUGGCACUUCACAAAAUCCCUGACGAAAAGCUGGUGAUUCCCGAAUCAAUCACAUUGCGGAGAGCGAGUGGAGGAAGUCCCGAAGCACAGCAGAGCAACGACACAAGCGAAGCCACCCCACGGGCUCGUCCCAUCAACGCGGGUCAAAAACGACAUUCUGUGCCAUACUUGAUCACCACCGAAGAAAUCGAUUCUAUCCCUGAAUUGAUCGAGGCGAAUCUCAGGAGGAACUACGAUGCAUAUGGCCGUUAUGAUCGGCAUACUUGCAGCUCACGUCCAUCGCAGCGGACAACGCCGAGUUCGAGCAUCACGGGCACAGCCCUAGUGCCUUCCAAAGGCUACUUUACCCAGCCCUCCGUCGCAGUCACCGAAGUCCAACCAGUCAAUUCAAGGCCUCGCAGUCCCCUGAAUUAUCUUCAGGUUGCCCCACAGCGUAAGACCAAGACCGAUGCGAUUUCACGAUCCGAUUCGCAGAAAAGCGUUCACGAAGUCAUAUGGGAAAGCGGUGCAUCUCCACUGAGCCUAGGUGAACUUACAGACGAAGACGAUUCGAGGCGUUCUGGCCCUUGUAGCGCGGAACCAUCAACCCCAAAUCCAAUAAACCUUCAGAUGCCAGGAGCCUUGAGAGUUGACAAGGGUGACGCUUUUGAUCCUCAAAAUGCAAAUGCUUCGAUCAACGAGUGGUCUUGGAGAUGUCCUCAAAACGAGAUCGCGGUUGUCUUAACUUCGUCCGACUCUGAUUCUAACGAUGUCUUACUAGAGGGCAGCAACGAUCCUCGGAGGCCUGAUUUCGAAGACGAGAUUCCGCCUCCUAAAGCAGCUACGAGAGCUAGAGAUCGACCACUAUUGAGAUCUGCGGUUUCGCAGACCAAGUUACAAGAUGUUGUAUCUUUCCCACCUUUGGCACCUAGAAAGAAGACCAAUGAUUGGUACUCUCCCCUUCCCCCAAUUGAGGCGCAGAUGAUGUCGCCACCUCUGGCAACUUCGCGGUCGCUCUAUGACAUCGGGAUUGAUGUGUCUUUUGGGCCCUCGAGCUCCAAAACGGUAACCCCAAGAUCAUCUCAAACAUCUUGGGUACGCUCCACCGAGGUCUCCCCUACUCGCAGCUCCGAAUUUGAUCCGAAUUAUGAGAUACGCUGCAAGAGCCCAGAAUCAUAUCUCGAGGACCCUAUCCACAGGAAAUGUGUGAUCAAGGCACAUCCUAAUGCUUCUGCUCGUACGGGCGAAUUCUCAACUAUCGGUUCCUCUCUUGGGGCAAGCUCACACGAGAAAAGAAAGAGCUCAACGCCCAGCGUCCAACGGCCGCGCUCGCCACGGAUCUGCGAGUCGGCUACAGAGGGAGUCUUGAUCCAAAGCGAGAGACGAAGCCUGCCUUCACAGAUCCACCGUACAGAAACAUCACAGCCUACGAACAGUGCCACAAUGAAACCAACCGGUUGCGUCAAUAUGGGGGGGAGAAAUAGUUCGCCCGCCCUUCGAGCCCUACUGGAAUUUUCCCCUCCUCGCUCUGAGCGUACCAAAGAAAGAUCCUCGGAAGCUUCACAUCCAGACGAAAAGGAAAUCAACUCACCGCCUCGACUCCCUCGUGUUCGAACGGUUGAUAACGCCCACAAAGGAGAACAUGAAGUCCCACCCACCAAAUGGCGAGCACCGUCUCCAUGCCCCACACCAAGAUCUCGUGGCCCUUCCGAGGACACAUCAGAAUACGAAGAUUCGAGGGACUCACUUUCAGGUAGCCCGGGCCCCUCCACAACAACACCACAGGUCAGACGUGCUUGGAUUGAUCGUCUGAGUUUGCUCAGAUCAAGGAGUCCGCCCCUGCCUGCCGUCGAUCGCGUUGGAAUCUAUGGCCGAAUGUCAGGUAGUCAGAGGAGGUCGAGAGGUGAUCCGUGGGGAGAAACGUCGAGAAGUGAGCCGCAUGUCUGUGAUGAUUGCCCCAAGCCUUCGGAACCGCACAUUUGUGAUGACUGUGCGAAAGAUCCGAGAGUGCCGAGUAUAGAUUGGAUUGGGUAAGGAUGUGUCGAGUUGGAGAUAUGAGAGUCUGAGGAGCGGUCGAGACAGAUUGGACAAAAGCUCAAGAUGCAAGGACACGUAGGACCGAGGAUCUUUUAUGUUAUCACAAGACGACAACUUAUUCAAUCAUGAGUUUGUUGCGUCUCGUCAUGAGCAACCUCGAUUUCUUAUGCCCUCCUUCAUUUCCCCGGCUGCUGCUUGUGAGACUUGUCAAGUGUGGGGCAUCAGGUGCAUGUCGGGGUAGCAUUGGGCGCCGGAAACCUCGUGGCAGCUUGCUCCUUUCUUUAGUUUUGGACCCGGAGAUCGUCUUCAUAAGGAGCAGUUGACUUCAUAUCCGGUUUAAGAACUUCUCU